AUGGCGGAUGUUGAUGCGAAUACGCCUUUGCACCAGUACGGGGUGGACUCGCUCGUUGCGGUAGAGCUGCGGGAUUGGUUUGCCAAAGAGCUCCAGGCAGAGUUGGGGGUUUUUGAGAUCCUUGGAGGAGCGACGUUGGCAUCGGUGUCACAGCUGGUUGCGAAGAAGAGUAAUCUCGUUCAGGCUUCAUAG